AUUUUCUGAGCUACAGCUUGGCCAGUGGAACUUCAUGUUUACACAUUCUUUCUUUCUAGGUACAUCCUUCCUCCUGUCUUCCUCCGGAUCUGAGAUUGUUACACAGCUCCUGUAUAGGCUGAUCUUCUCAGGGGUGCUGAGACAGCUAUGAAUGUGGAUACCUUGGGCCUGCCCAACGUAUCUCAUGGUCCCAGCAAAGCAUUCUGGAGCACUCGCAGGGAUCCACCGAUGCGCCGACAGAGGGAGUUUAUGCCUGAAGAGAAGAAGGACUCAGUUUACUGGGAGAAACGGAGAAAGAACAAUGAGGCGGCCAAGCGGUCCCGGGAAAAGCGACGUCUCAAUGAUGUGGCCAUUGAAGGCAGGCUGACCAUGCUGCUGGAGGAGAAUGCUGUACUAAGGGCUGAGCUGCAAGCACUCAAACUUCGAUUUGGCCUUUUGCCUUCUGUGUGUGGUCCCCGGACAUUGCCCUUACAGGCCUUGCUGUGGAAGUCUUCCUGGACUGGGGACUCCCAUUCAGGGGCUGACUCAUUCUUAUCUUUGCCUGGUGCCCAUGGUUGCCUGUUCAAACCAUAUGCCGUAGAUUCUGGGAUUCCAGGUUGCUCAGGCUGUCUGGUAGCUCAAGGGUGGGCUGGCUUAGCUGCUUCCCCCAGGUUCUUGCAGGAGUCACAGCCCCUGAUUCCUAGAAUAGUUGACAGGACCUUUCAUGCCACCUUCCCAGCGGCUAUCUUUGGUUGUCAUUUCUUAGAUGGGCAUAUGGGACCCAGAGCACAGCUCAAGUCUUGUUGUGGGCUGUGGUCACCUGUGCCCACUGGAUCUCAUGCCUCAGAGCCCUCAGAUAUACUGCUGACAUCCUCUGAGAGUUCCAUUGGGUUUUCACCUGAUAUGACCUGCCCUGUCCCAGGUGACAGGUCUGAGGGUCUGACCCAGACUUCCCUGCCUCACAAACUGCGGAUCAAAUCCCAAGCCUCAAACAGCUUAUGUUGAGUUUGGGGGGUUAGUCAGGGAAGUCUGAGAUAUGCCUCUGGCCAGGUCCAGACCUGCAAGGGGAUGGUUAAAAUUAUGCAUGGGUGUUUAUAAGGGAUGUGUGGCUUGACUUUGAUUAGUUACUAAGACUGGACAGGCCUUAAGGAAGUUGCUCUUACUGGGAGGAUACACCUCUUGGAACCAACACCAGGGCUCUAGGUGAAGAGGGGAUGAGGUCCCAUAUUGAAUUAUGUCAUAAUUUUUACUUUGCUCUAAAAUCCAGGUUGCUCCAUCUCUUCACUCAUCAUCACCCAAUCACCCAUCAGUUCAUCCGAUGAUUGUUGUUGUCAUCUAGCCAUCCAUUUAUCCUUCAUAUUUACACUAGUCAACUCAUCUUCCCACCCAUCUGCCCUUCUGUUUACUCAUCUUUUAUGUAUCUAUUUUCCAUUCCCUCACUUACGUAUUUCUAUCCAUCCUUCCAUCUAUCCACUUUUCUUCUUACUCAUUUACCCAUCUAUUUAUUGAGAUUUCAUCCAUCCAUCCAUCCAUCCAUCCAUCCAUCCAUCCAUCCACCCACCCACCCAUCCACCCACACAGCCAUCCAUCCAUCAAACCUCUCAUCCUUCACAACCUUUAUCUUUUCAUCCAUCUUAACAGUCUAUUUAUCUUCCCACUCAUCUGCCUGCCUGACCUCCUGUCUUUUUGUCUAUGCUGGCUAGUUUUUAUGACAACUUGAAAGAAGCCAGAGUCAUUUUGGAAGAGGGAAGCUCACCUGCGAAAAUAUCUCCACCAGACUGGCUUGUGGGCAAGCCUGUGGUACAUUUUCUUAAUGAUAGAGGUGGGAGAAUUCAGCUCACUGUGGGUAAUGCUACCCUAGACAGGUUGUCCUGCAUGUUAUAAGAAAACAGGCUGAUCAAACCACAAGGAGCAAGAAAGUCAGCUAGCAGCACUCCUCAAUGGCCUCUGAAUCAGCUCCUGCUUCCAGGUUCCUGCCUUGUUUGAGUUCCUGUCCUGACUUCCCUUAGCAAUGGAGCAUGACCUGAGAGUUGUAAGCUGAAACUAACCCUUCCCUCUUCAACUUGUUUAUGGCUAUGGUGUUUUUUCACAGCAAUAGAAUUCCUAAGACUCUAUGUCUGUCUGUCUGUCUGUCUAUCUUAUCU